AUGACCCUACAUACUCCAACUGUUGUUGCUGGGCUGAUGGAUAAAGAUCAUCAUACUUGGGACCUUUCUCAAAUCAGAGCGUUUAUUUCUUCGCGGGAUGCCCAAGCAAUCAAGGCAAUUCCUAUCAGCAAUUCGGAUCUCCCUGACAGACUUAUUUGGCCACAUACUAUGAAUGAGAGAUACUCAGUUAAAUUUAGAUAUUACUAUCUCAUGAAGCAUAAAAAGAAUCAGGUUGUGAUGAAGGCAAGCUCUUCUCAUGUGAUUGAUUCUAAUGUCUGCUUUCGUAUUUGGAAUUGCCAAACACUCCCUAAAAUCAAAAUUUUCCUAUGGCGUUCUGUCAAUGGUUUCCUUCCCACUUUUGAGAUCUUUUUCAAACGCAAGCUUUGCCAAUCUCCCAUUUGCCCUUUUUGCAAGGAACAACCUGAAUCCAUUGAGCAUACACUCUUCCUUUGCCCUCGGGCUGCCAAAGUGUGGUUUGCUAGUUGUAUUGCUUACAGACCUCUGCCUCAAGCUUUCACUUCGCUGGAUAGCUGGAUUCUUGAUCUUCGGUUGUGUGAGACUUUUAAUUUGGAGGAGAAAGGAUGGAUUAUUACUCACUUUGCCUUUACUAGCUGGGCUAUUUGGAAAACUCGUUGUACAAUGGUGUAUGACAAUUCAAAUUCCUGCCCACCAUCGCCAGAACUCACGGCCUCCUUGGCGGAUAGAAGUGUUGUGGAAUUUAUCUCACUUGUGAGCUCGAAAGAAAAUAGAAACCAUUUCAAUAAUACACCUGUGAUAAGUCAUCAGUGGGUCAAUCCUCCAGUGGGGACUGUCAAAAUAAACUGCGAUGCUGCUUGGGAUAAAGUUUCGAAUGCAACCUUUGAUGGAGUUGUGAUAAGGGAUCAUACUGGUAUUUUGCUUGAUGGCAUUGCACAUUGUUUCCAGUCAUUAUCAGUUGUGCAAGCGGAAUUUCAUGCUAUCCGGAGUGGAUUGGAGCUGGCACAUGUACGAGGUUUCACUAAUGUUAUUGUGGAAACUGAUUCCAAGGAUGGAUUACCUUGCCCAUCAAACUAG